CAAUAGUAGAAGACUGCAUAGAAUAGACUUGAAACCAGGAAGUCAAAAUGAAGAAUUUAAAAGGAGUGGAACCUCCAUUGCAUUGGUUUAAAAGAAUUAAUGCAGCUCUGAAGUCGCAUUAUUUAAAACAAUUAGGCAGGAUUUUUAAAGAGGUUGGAUUGAUUCCCAGUAUUACUGUUUUGAUUCUACCAUGAUAGUCAAAAAGUAGUCUCCUUUCAAGACCGUGACAACAAACUAUCAUGAAAAGAUGUUAAAUAUUGGAAUUGGUGCUUCAUGAAUAUUUGAUAUAGUGGUGUAGUUUUCUAAACGGAUCAAAUUUCGGGCUGUCCAAAGAUAAAGGAGAUAUGGAAUAUUUCGGAAAAUCAAGAAAUGGUGAUUAUCAAAGACAUAGACCAAGUCAAGAAUAUUCCCCCGAUAAUCGAGAAAGAAGUGAACUUCAGAGUUCCAGAAAAACAACUCCCAGUAGUAACUUUGAAAAUCUGAAUGGGAACGGAGACAGAAAUUCUCAAAGAACACGAUCUAUCGAUGGUACGGCCAAUGGAAGUGGCCCUAGACAUCUGCCUCUUGGUGGUUCGAAUGUAUUUUAUGGAUAUGGUGGUCCCUUCCGCCUUGAUGACGACACCGAUGGAAGCUCUGAAAUGGAUUCCAGCUUGGGUUUCAAAAUUCAACCAUGGAUGGAUAAAAUUACAGGUGGAACAUUCAAGAGGAACUACAUAGAUCGAUAUUCAUUUCGGCCCUCACUCCACCAUGACUCCCAAAACAGGAUGGGUGAUAUUCCUCAGUUUCGAAGCAAUGCAAGUUCGACUGAAUCCUAUACCAAGGGAAGUAAAUCAAGAACUAUAAAGACAAUUUUGCUCAUAUUUUUGGGGAUCAUAUUAAUCGGAAUCGUAGCUGGAGUAAUCGCAUAUUUUCUCUCAAAGAAAGAAAGUGGAGAUACAACAAUAAAAUAUUAUGUAGCAUCCGGUGAGAUAAGUCUAAAUGAAAUCUUCUAUGAAGAGUUGUCAGAUACAUCUUCUGAAGAAUUUAAAAAUUUGAGCUCGGAAUUCUGCGGUGCAAUUACAGAGGCGUUAAAAAACUCCACGGAAAACGGGGAUAAAUACAGACUGUGCGAAGUAAUAGAUUUUAGAAAUGGGAGCAUAAAAGUUCGAUUCAAAGUGUAUUACGUUUACACAGCUACUUUCAUAAUCACCAACGAGACGGUCCAGAAAGAUCUUAAUAACUCUUUAACACCUCAAAAUGCCGGUCUCGCACAACUUUCAACUUUAGUUAUUAUAAGAGUGUCGUUGAAAAUCACCGUCGAAGUGGAGACUUUCCAAAAAGUAAACGAUCCUGCCGCAACCAGUUUACUACCUUCUACCACCCCACCCACAACAACAGAGACAACUACUGUCCCGGCAGCCACCACGACAACAUCGGUCACUACAACACCUACCACAUUACCGACCAAUGAAACAACAGAGACUACAUUAGACGAUACUUCAACUCCAACCACUUCUACAACUCCGAUGAAUACCACAACAGCAGAUUAUUCAACAACACCAGAAACUGAAACUGCAGAGACAACAGAGGAAUACGAUGCCACGACCGAGGAAACACAAUUAAACAUUACAAUAACAACAUUAACAGCGGAAAGCACAGCUGACACCAAACCAACACCAACUACAGAAAGUACCAUACCAGAGACCACAGAAAGUAGUACUGAGAAUACCAUAGCAGUGAGCACUCAAACAGAAAGUACAACAGAAAAUACAAUACCAGUGACCACUCAAACAGAAAGUACAAUAUCAGUGAGUACUCAACAAGCAAGUACAAUAUCAGUGAUCACUCGACCAGAAAGUACAAUACCAGUGACCACUCAAACAGAAAGUACAAUACCAGUGACCACUCAAACAGAAAGUACAAUACCAGUGACCACUCAACCAGAAAGUACAAUACCAGUGACCACUCAAAGAGAAAGUACAAUACCAGUGACCACUCAAUCAAAAAGUACAAUACACGUGACCACUCAAACAGAAAGUACAAUACCAGUGACCACUCAAACAGAAAGUACAAUACCAGUGACCACUCAACCAGAAAGUACAAUACCAGUGACCACUCAAACAGAAAGUACAAUACCAGUGACCACACAAUCAAAAAGUUCAAUACAUGUGACCACUCAACCAGAAAGUACAAUACCAGUGACCACUCAAAGAGAAAGUACAAUACCAGUGACCACUCAAACAGAAAGUACUAUACCAGUGACCACUGUAGCCGAAAGUACAAUACCAGUGACCACUCAAACCGAAAGUACAAUACCAGUGACCACUCAAUCAAAAAGUACAAUAUAUGUGACCACUCAACCAGAAAGUACAAUACCUGUGACCACUCAAACCGAAAGUACAAUACCAGUGACCACUCAACCAGAAAGUACAAUACCAGUGACCACUCAAACAGAAAGUACAAAACCAGUGACCACUCAACCAGAAAGUACAAUACCAGUGACCACUCAAACAGAAAGUACAAAACCAGUGACCACUCAAACCGAAAGUACAAUACCAGUGACCACUCAACCAGAAAGUACAAUACCAGUGACCACUCAAACAGAAAGUACAAUACCAGUGACCACUCAACCAGAAAGUACAAUACAUGUGACCACUCAACCAGAAAGUACAAUACCAGUGACCACUCAAAGAGAAAGUACAAAACCAGUGACUACUCAACCAGAAAGUACAAUACCAGUGACCACUCAAACAGAAAGUACAAAACCAGUGACCACUCAAACCGAAAGUACAAUACCAGUGACCACUCAACCAGAAAGUACAAUACCAGUGACCACUCAAACAGAAAGUACAAUACCAGUGACCACUCAACCAGAAAGUACAAUACAUGUGACCACUCAACCAGAAAGUACAAUACCAGUGACCACUCAAACAGAAAGUACAACUCAAACGACAAUGAGCUCAACAGAGAAUAUUAAGCCUACGACCACGGCAGUAAAAGACAUGACAGAUAUGUCAUCCACCGACAGGACACCUUCGACAACAAUGGCAACAGAAAGAACAACAGAUACGAAGUCAUCAGUCGAGAUGACAACUACAACAGAAACAAAAAAUACAGGAACUAAUGCAACAACACAGACCAUAAUAACAACAACGAACAUUAUAUCUAUGGUACCAUCAGUCUCUAUAGUAGACACAACUUUAGAUAGCACAGCAAACUUUACAAUAAAAAGUACAUUUGAAACUACGACUGCUGUAACCGUGGAACAUACAGCAGACAUCCGAGCUUCCAGGAUCACUGCAAUCGUCGGUGAAUCUACAACAACACAAGCAUGCGUUAUUAUUCCAGAUGGAGAAUGGCUUCAUGUAGAGCUAUCAAUCGACUAUAACAGCUCAUCACACGUAAUUGCAAAGUUAGAUCAUAACAAAACAUUCGAAAAACCAACCUCUUUAGACAGAUUUAACGGUAGCAUCAACAUGGACGGGGAAGAUAUUGUUGUCAGAUUAACUGUGGACUUAACAUUACCGAAAUCAGACUUCUGCACAUGGGAUGGCCGAUACUUUACGAAAUGCUCAGUAAUUAUGAACGAUACCAUGCAAACCAGCAAAAGCAAUGGAAGUCAAAUUUCAAUUACAGCCCCAAUGGCAAAAGUCAACAUAAACCCUGGAGUCGAUUAUACUGAAGGCGAUCUGGUAACAUUUAAUUGUUACACUAAUAUAGACCCAAAUUAUAGUGAAGUAAGUCUUGAAAUAAAUUCUUUUGUGAUGGACCAAUUAAUUAUGUCACCCAUUCCAUCGGAAAGAAAUUCUGACUGCUCCGUGAAUGCUACGUGGUCUGCUAGGUCACCAAAUCCUCUGACGACAAACGAAAAUGGUGUUGUAAUUCGAUGCAUUGUCAAAAACUCUUUGCUGGAUAAAAGCGAGACAAUAGAAAAGACACUAAAUGUGUCUGCUGUAGACGUCGCUUUUUCCAAAUAUUCUUAUUCGACGCUGACAAAAGAAGUCCAAGUGAUAGAAUGCAUAGCCCGCGGUGCAUCCUCAAUCUUGCAGAACAUGACAAUUAUCAGAGAUAGUGUUGACAUUGUUACUUUGGACGGAUCGGGUACACCUAUGAUUCUCACAUCAGAAAUUAGAUACAAUGUGACAAAGGAAAUCGAUGUUGAUGAUGUAAAGCUAAUUUUAAGAAUACAAACGGUUGACUGUGAAGACCAGGGUACAUAUAGAUGCAAUGUUUUAACAACAAAAAAUGAUUCCAGAAGUUCUCCGCGCAUGACGUUCAAUGUUAUAGGUGCCACACCUACCUUGACCCUGAAUCCUGAUAUUUAUGAAAGGUUUGCAAGGCCAGGCUUAAAUCAUAUUUGCAGGACGACACACACUGGAGACAUUCAAAGUGAUAAAUACCUAGAAAUUCAAGUUUAUCGUCCAAACGAUACAUCUGGAUUUAGAUACUCAAAGAAAUUACCGGAAUCAGAAAAGGAGUUUAAUUCUAAAGACAACAUAACAUAUAUUAACAUUGCUGGGACUACUGCCCGCUUUCUCCUUGUUUCUGAUUUUUCUACGAACAAUUCAUGUAACAAUACCCAAACCAUUGCAUUUUUAUUGGAUCGACCAAUGGAGUUUGACAAAGGAAUUGUUAAAUGUGUUUUGAGAGAUGAUAGUUUUGAAUAUGCAUCUGCAGCGGAAACCAUAACUGUUAUUCCAGACGAAUAUUGUUUUGGUUACGAAGAUAUACCAAAGCGAAAUCAUCCAAACAACGAUUGUCAUUACUUCGUGAAUUGUGCAGAGGUCGGUGGUCGUAUGUAUGCAACGGGAGACAGCUGUAGACGUCCCGGUGAAUGCAUGGACUUCAGUCUUGAUUAUUGCGUCGACUGUGACGAAAAUUUUACCUGUAAAAGUCCUGAACCAGUAACAACAACAACUACAUUAGCUCCGGGAAAAACAUAUGUACAAUGUGCUGAUGUCUCCCAGAAAGAAGGUUCACCUAUCACAAUCAACUGCACAGUCCUCGAUGACACAUUUCAAAGCCUGAAUGUAACUUUGACUUCAUCUUCUAAUUUAAAUAUUGAAGAAAUUGUGGGCGUUAUAUUACCUGAUGGAACAAUUAAAAACCAAGCAAGAUCAUCCCCAGUUUUAAGUACAACAUUCUCUGUGAGUUCUAAAUAUAUUCAUUUAAUCAUUGCUUCAUCUUCAUGUAUGGAGGAAGGAAAAUACCUCCUGACAGACACAAACGUCUCCAUGGACACACAACCAUCGAUCUCAGAUUUCUACUUUGAUAACUUAGUUCCUGUGAAAGAGCUUACAAUCAAUAGUGAAUCGAUGUACAAGGAAGGGAAGCCAUUAAUGUUUAACUGCACGGCUACAGUUGAUUCCGACCAUACCGAACUUCUAGGAUACUACAAGCUUCCAGCUGAUAAUUCAUUUGUAAAAGUACAGGGAGAACAAACUAUUUUACAAAAAUUUACUCAAAACUGUACCAAAUCAGUGAUAUCGAUGUUUGAUACGGGUUUGAUAGUCUCGGCAAAUCUAAACGGAACUAAGCUGAAAUGUCUGUACAACGAAAUUAGCCCAGAAGUCUCUGAAGAAAAAAAUGUUAAGAUACAGUCGGCAGACGUUGCCUUUAAUACGUAUAAACUAAAAGCAGAAUUACAAAGUAAAGCAAACUUUACCUGUCUCGUAAGGAGUACUGGGUCUUAUAAAGCAAUAAAGAUCUUGAAAAUAAUCAACAGCACAUCAAUGAUGGAAAUGGCUUCAUAUACAUCAUCAUCUGAUUCAGUACAAAAUAUAGCCGGGGUUGAUGCAAAUUUCAGCAGCAAUGCUCUAACCUUGAUAUUUGCCUCAGUAAUGUGCUCUGACGAAGGGCAAUAUAAUUGCACUGUGAUCAUGGAUGAUGAUGCGGAACUUCAGCCCCCACUUUCCCUUGAUGUUCAAGUAACAACAUCACCAGGCUUCUCAACGGUCGAAUUGUUUGUGAACCCAGACAUUGUUGAAAAUAAGGAUUCUGGAACUCAUCAUUGCCUUGGUCCUGUUGGGUACCCGGAAGUUGGAGGUCAUUUAGAGAUUACCUUUGUCCAUCCUUUAAUAAACUAUAAUAUAACGCUUAAUAAAAAUAGCACAAGGACUAUUUCCGGUAAUGAAAUAGAAAUUAAAAGCACUUUGGAACCUUUUACUAAAGAAGAUUGCAAAAAUAUGGAGAAGAUUUCUUUCACAAUAAAUUCUUCAAAGAACUGGAACAAAGGAAAAAUAAUCUGUGAAGUUAAAAAUGGAGAACAUAAGGCAACCAAAGACGAUAUUUUCUUUGUUAUUGAUGGAUCAUUCUGCAAUUCUACGAACAACCAAGAAAUUUAUUUUGACCAUGAAAAAGAGGACUUUUGUAACACCUAUAUACAAUGCAGUGGAGGGAAACCUUUUGGAAGAUCUUGUAAGCCAAACCGGUGUGUGUACAUUGGUAAAACGUAUUGUGAAGACUGUUCCACUGCUGUAUGUUCAGAAGGAGUUACAACUACAGAAGUCACGUUAUCAAGUUUUGAAACAACACCAGUACCUGUUCCUCGUUCUCUCAAUUGUACAUCGCCUUCUGUAUACGAAGGAGAAAGUGCAACAAUUCCAUGUUCACUAAACGUUUCCUCCUUUGACUUCAUAUCUGUAUCUAAUGACAAAGGAAUGAUAAUGUCAAUAUUUGAAAAUACAACAGUUAUAUAUUUUGGCGAUUCUUCUUCUACAUUUCAAGGUUCUUUAACUGGAAAAACUGUGAUUUUUAUUGUUAAAAACCUGAACUGUAAUAACUCUGUAGAUUAUGUAUUUAAACUCUACAACGGAGGAGAAGUUUCAAGUUCUGUUACAGCAAAUCCUCUGAUGAAAGUUAAACCAAUAACACCCGUCCUAGACAUUGACUAUAGGUUAGAGAUGGGUAAAAACCAGAAGUUUCACACUUGCAAAGGUUAUGUUGGAAAUCCUAAGGGAUCCCUUGAGUUGGAGAUAAGGAAUGGUUCACUAGCAACAUACAACAAAUACAUUCCCACCACUCAAUCUUUCGACACGCCGGUUUAUGAAAACUGUAAUUAUCAUUUGAUUCUAAGGUUUUCAAUAGACCUAACAAAAGAUAAUUUGACUGGUCAGUAUAUACGAUGUCUGGCUCAAAAUAUCGAGAGUUUGGAAAACACAGAUCCUACUCCAACGUCAAAUGAAGUUCUAGUUAUUCCGCUCCCAGCAAAUCCCUGUAGCGAAGGCAAUGGCGAAUAUCCACAUCCAAGAGACUGUUAUCAUUAUCUCCAAUGUGCAUAUAAUAUUGCAUAUACUCAGAUCUGCCCUGGUGGGAGCUGUUUUAAUGACACAGCUAAACUUUGUUUAUAAAUCGAAUGCCAUAGAAAAAGUAUUUUCAGAUUUCGUUACAAAAUAUUCAAUUAAGAAUAGAAAGUACUACAUAUUAA